GCAUUUGAAAUCGAAAUGGCGCGCAGUAAGAUCUGGAAGUAUUAUGAAAAACUUGAUAACAACUGUGCACAAUGUCAGUUGUGCGAAAAAAUUAUCAAAACGAGCGGCAACACAUCUAACCUGAUGAAGCACAUGAAAACGCACCCGCAAGUAGAUGUUAAUGACACCGAGAGCGUUGUUAUUCGAGGGAUUUAUAAGCGCGAAGCCGAUGCUGUUACUGCAAAAAAACGCAGUAAGAAGCUCUCAAGUCAUUUGCACAUCAAACAGGAGGAUGGACAAAUAAUCAAAGCAGAGAAUGUGGAUAUUGGCGAGCAAUGCGAAUAUGACAGCUUUGGCGAUUCUCGCGUAGCCGUAGCGGUAGACAGCGCCAAAGAGAUGGUGGAAGAUAACUUGUCCUGGCCUGCAGAGGUGGAAUCGGAGUCUCUCGAUGGACAAGCCACCGUUAUAGCCGACGAUAUCAUUGAGUUCGAGCCCAGUCUAAUGGGCGAUGGCGAGCAAUGUGAGGGAGAGACGCUUUAUCAACUGGAAGAACUUCCUCUAGCCAAUUUAGAGGAAGUGGAAACGUACACAACUAAAAACCGACAAAAUGUACAGAAAAACCUUGAAAAUGAUCAAUUAGCAUAUUUCGUCUGCCGAGACAAGCAUCCGCUGGAAAUCAUCCAGGGAGAUGGCUUUAAGCAACUGAUGCAUGCGUUCUGCCCCAUUUAUCGGCUGCCUACCGUGGAGCAAUUGAGUGUGCAUAUUAAUAAACUGGCCCAACGGCAGACCGCAGUGCUACGCCAAAGGUUUGCUAACCUGUCCACGAUAGCGCUAAGUUGUGCCAUUUGUUCAACGACAACAAACGGUAACAGCAAUAGCAAAGCCACCCGCCUCGAUGCACAACAGCAGCUGGAGUUGGUGGCUCACUUUUACGAAGGAGACAAUUGGCGCUCGCGAACGCUCAUUGUUCAAUCGUUGCCGGUGCAUUAUAAUGCCGGCAAUAUUGUGGAAUGGCUGGAUCGUACCUGCAACCGUUUUGACAUUGACAAGUCGAAAAUUGUCUGUGUGGUGACAAAGAAUAGUCGCCUGCUAGAGAAUGCGGUGGCGGCGCUUCUUGGUGCUGGCAGACAUCUGCCUUGCUUUGGUGAAAUACUGGAGAGUGUGUUUGAGAUGGUUGUACAGAGACAUGAAUUCGCCUCGCUAUGUGAAAAAGUGCGACGAUAUGUUUUGUUUUAUCUAUCAACUGGUGUGCCAUCCAUGCAACUACAACUGGAGCUAGAUGAAAAGCAACAUCCCAUCACUACUUAUGAGAUGCUCGAACGCUACGUCCAGCUUGCACCACAACUGGACAAAUUGCUUCGCAGCCAACUGGAUGCGCCGCCCUCGUUGACGCCCAUUGAACUAGAGAUAUGCCAUCACUUGCUUGCUGUGCUUAAGCCACUGGCCAAUGCAGCGCGAGAGCUGUGUCGUCCGGAUACAUCCUCUUAUCCCAGCGCCAGCAAGGCUUUGCCCAUUGCCUACACCAUAAUCAAUGAGUUGAAACAAUCACGCAGUUCUGAGCACAAAUAUGCGUAUGAGCUGCGUUUGUUUUUGGUGCGUCAGCUGGAGGAACGUUUUGAAACCAUGGAGAAGAACAUAUUCCUUGCUAUGGCCAGUCUGUUGGAUCCACGAUUUCGUAACAUGCCCUUCCAAAGCUCUGCAUUGGUGGCGAAAUAUAUGACACAGCUUUAUGACCAAAUGCAGCAUCACGAGGAGAUCGGCAUGGAGACUGCAUGUACAGCUGAAGAUGAUUUUUGGACUGCCUAUAAGGCAUUAUCGCAUGAAAAGCACAAACACAGCACCGUGACCAGCGAUUGCGACGAUGAGAUUGCCACGUAUUUCUGCAAUAACAUCAGCAGCUUGCAGGUCGAACCCAUGUUGUUGUGGAAGGAUUUGGCGCAGAUACAUCCGUUUUUGUAUAGUUUGGCAAAGAAAUAUUUGCACAUACCAGCAACAGCAACGCCGCCUGUAAGAAUAUUCACUUCGGCCGAGGCAGAGGUGGCGAUACAACGCGAAAAACUAAGGGAUGAACAAAUGAACAAUAUACUGUUUAUGGCUGAUUGCACAAAAGAGGAAUGGCAGCUAUGAAGAAAUUUUCUGUUACAUGUGUAUGUAUUUAUGGUAAGAAUUUUGUUUGUAAGCCCUCAUUAUACUCUGUACAGGAAAUGUACAAGAGUAUAUUAGGUUUGCGGGAGCUGAAAAAUGUAACAGGCAGAAGGAGGCG